ACCAAAUCCUCACCUUCUUCUACAUCUCACACUCAGAUGAAGACUGCCAUCGCCCUUGCCCUCCUCGCCGGCGCUGCCUCUGCGGCGCCUGCCGUCGACUCGGAAGAGCUUCUCUCCGUGCGCAGCAACAAGCUCAACUACUGCGGCCGCCCGUCGUACUUCACCUCUGCCUUCCACACGCGCGCCGUCAACACGACCGUCGUCGAUGCGCAGAGCAACCCCGUCGCCGGCGAGGCGGGCGCCUUUGGCCAGUACGCGCUUGAAGUCAACUCGGACAAGGACGUCAUCUGCUGGGAUAUUACCCUUGUCGGCGUCACGGGCGAGUACAGCUCGCCGGCGCGCACGGCCACGCACAUCCACCAAGCCCCCAAGGGCAAGGCUGGCCCGCCCAGGAUCGCAUUCCCCAACCCAGAGUUUGUCGAGAAGAAUGCUGCUGGCCAGGAGGUGCGCAAGUCGUCGGGCUGCGCCAAGGCGCCCUUUGUCACGGGCAUCAAGGUCGCCGGCACCGAGACGGACACGGGCUCGGCCAGCGGCUUCACCCUGAAGCAGAUCGAGGCGGACCCUAGCGCCUUCUUUGCCGACACGCACACAGCCAAGUUCACGGCCGGCGCCGUCCGUGGCCAGCUGCUGGCGUCGGAGCGCACCGUCAAGGCGCCGCGCCACUUUACCUCGGUCGUGCGCACCACGGCCACGCCGGACCAGGUCAUCAGCAACGCUGGAGUGGCGACCCCCGGCGAGCCUGGCGCAAAGGCCAGCUACGAGCUCAAGAUCAACUCCAACGAGGACAUUCUCUGCUACGACAUUGUCACCUCGGGCGUCACGGGCGCCUACUCGAGCCCGGCAAAGACGGCCACGCACACCCACGAGGCCGCCGUGGGCAAGGCGGGCCCCCCCAGGAUCGCAUUCAAGAACCCAGCCAAGGUGUCCAAGUGGUCCGUCCAGCACAUCAUCCACAAGCUCAAGAACGGCAACAAGGAGCUUCGGCGGAGCAAGGCCUGCGUCAAGGGCCCCUUCACCACUGGCCUCAACGACGCCACGACGGGCAUCGACACGGGCUCGGCAAGCGGCUUCAGCCUCAAGAAGCUCGAGGCCAACCCAUCGGCGUUCUUUGCCGACACGCACACGGUCAAGUACACCAACGGCGCCGUUCGUGGCCAGCUCAAGUGAGCUCCGACCAUUUCUUCUCACACAAUGUAGGCAUUAGUCUCGGAAAUCUUUUUGCUAUUACUCCCCAUGCCUCUGCAAUUCGGAC